AUGUGACGUCACGUGUUUUGCUUUCCAUGGCGGGAUGUGAGGCUCAGAGUUUAGGAAGUGGGUCCAGACUGAAACUGAGUGAUUUUUUGGUUAAAACAGCAACCUUAGCUGACACAUCCGAGUUCAUAUUUUUAAAUUAGGCUUCAGAUUGACAUGUUUUUGUAUAAUCGUCGCUAGUUUAACUUGUCUGGCUUGCUAACGUUGCUAAGUCAGCCAGCCUCCUGGUUUGACACCUGUGUGAAAGUCUGAGUAAUUUAAAGUUGACAUGGAGAGUUUACUGACUACAGAAAACCCUCUGCUCUUACCUGUAAACAAGGAGAAGACAGUUUACGACGGAUUCAUCACUGUGCAGGAACGAGACUUCAGAGUGAGAAUCGCUCUUCCACCAGACCUACAACUGAAGCGAGCCAGGCUGCACUGCUGCUGGCAGCUAAAACACCUGUUGCGUGGAUAUGAGCACACAGUGAAACAGAGGCUGCAGCAGUCGGCCGAUCUUGUCAGUUUCAUUUUGGAGCUGAAGACCGUCUUGGAAGUGUGUCUGAAGACACGCCCUGAGUGCCGCUCCAUCCCGCCUCCUCAGUACUACUCUCAGCUCAUCUCCGAGAUGGAGACGCUCGGCUGGGACAAGCUGCUCUUCAUAGACACAGAGUUCAGGACGUUGAAACUAAAGGCGGAGGAUUCCUCUGGAAGGCAGCACGUCCUCACUAUUAAACUCAAGUCGAAGCACCCUGCAGAAGCUCCUGAAUGCUCAGCUGACCUUCCCAUCCCUCUGGCUGUAACAUGGACACUUCAGAGUACCCUGGACCUCCUCCACAGUCAAUUCCUGCUGGUUUUGGAGUCUCUGACAGAGUUCUGGGACGUCCUGGAUGAGAUUGACAGUAAGACCUGGAUACUGGAGCCAGAAAAACCCAGCCGCUCUGACACCAUGAGGCGCAUCGCCAUCGGAAACAACGUAUCCAUCAAAGUGGAGGUGGAUCCCAGACACCCCAAGAUGCUGCCAGAGUGCUGCCUGCUGGGAGCCGAGCAUGCGGUGACUCCGCUGAGGAAUAAGCUCAACGCCAACAUGCACUUGUGGAACCCGGACUCCAGCGUCUUGCACAACCUCCGGGAUGUUUUGGAGAUCGAAUUCCCGUCACCUGCCACCCACGAAAAAUCUAGUUUCAGUGUUGAGUGUGGCAUCUGUUACGCUUACCGUCUUGAAGCUGCGAUCCCUGAUCAGGUGUGUAAUGACCCUCGCUGUGGCCAGCCCUUUCACCAGGAAUGUCUCUAUGAGUGGCUGCGAGCGCUGCCCUCCAGCCGGCAGAGCUUCAACAUUGUUUUUGGAGAGUGUCCUUACUGCAGCAAGCCCAUCACUGUGAAGAUGUCAGCCCAGAAGUCCUGAAACGCCUCCCUGCCUUCCUCCUUAUUCAAAAGGCAUUAAAUGCACUUUGGCAAACUCCAAGAACAGCGCCCAGGAAGAGGACAGCGCCCACAUAGGCUAACCAGCUAAACAUCCCCCUCCCCUGUUUUGGACCUGCUUCCUGUUUUGGACCUUGAAGAGCAGACUCUUCCCGUUCUCGGUGACAGUCUCUCUGCUCGCUUUCCAACCACUGCUGGUACCUGAGGUCCUCUCUGUGUUGCAGCAGCCUCUCAUCAAACCUGUCCCAGGGGUCCAUGUGUGUCUCCUUCACUUCACAGUCAGUCGGGGUGUGGUUCCUCCUUAGUGGGCGGACUUGUCGCCCUGAGGUCACAGUGAGGUCUUCUGUUUUACAGCAGCUCCGUUUGGAUUUAGUGUUCUGUCAAAGAGGGUAAUAUAUGUGUUUGCUUCUUAAAAGUGAUACUAAUGACAUGUGUUCUGAACUGUAUGUGAAGAACUGAACAUAAAUAAAGUUGUGUUAAAGAUUAAACUGA